AACCUUCCAGAAGUGCGAAGAGUGAGAAAAAAAGGGGCAGCAAGUCAGUAGCUGCCGCAACGCCAACGACGCAACCGAGACAGACGUCCGUCGCGUAGCGCAUCAGCGCUACUCGCAGGCGCCGCCGUAGGCGCACACCGGAAGGGGCGGGGCUUCGAGCGGCAUUCUGCGCGGGGCUCUCGCGAGAGCAGUGGGCAGCGGAAACGCAGUCUGUACAGGAUGCGGUUCCUGGUUGCGUCGCUCCUGCUGAGUGUCGCAGCGGCGGCCUUGCUGCCCUCAGAGCAGCCACAGCUAAAUCAGAGCUCCGAAGACAGGAACCAGUCGGCUGCACUUCAGCCUUCUACAAACAACAGCGACUGCUGCCCUUCCCCCGGGAUCCAGCCGUCUGUUCCGAAAGAUCCACACCUCUUUUCGGAGUCGAACCAGCAUUCCGGGAAGGAAGAAAAAGACGGGUCCAACGUGCAUCACCAGAUCCUGAAACCACAUACUGAAAAGGGGGAAACGCAGCAGAACUCACAGAAACCGGACCUUCACAAGUCAGAGGCGCCGCAGCUCCGGGAACCAAACCCUGACAAGUUGGAGGCGGAGCAACACUUGACCCCAGAAGGAAACAAGUCGCUCUUAGAGCAGCAGCCCGCACAAGAAGGCUCCAAGCCCAUAUCCAAUUCCCCCUCUGGUAACAAGGGAACCGCGGUUGAAAAACUACCACCUGUGUCUAAGACUGAAGUGACAGUGAUCCCUGACCUCACGGCUCCCGGGCCAGAGGGAGAAGACAAGUAUUCAGAGGCUAUUCAGGAUGUGGAGCCCAAGGAGGCUGAAGAGAGUGAUGAUGCAGAACCAGAGGAGGGAUCGCCUCCUGAAGAAGGGAAAGAAAAAGUGUCAGAGCCUGCUUCCAGGGAAAACCGGGAAGGGACACCUUUGGAUUCCAUGAAUAAGGACAAGGAUGGACUUAAUAAGAAAAAUUCAGAAAAUCCUGAAAAUGCAGAGAGCAGCCAUUUCUUUGCAUAUCUGGUGACGGCAGCCAUUCUUGUCGCUGUCCUCUAUAUCGCCUAUCACAACAAGCGGAAGAUUAUUGCUUUUGCCUUGGAAGGAAAAAGGUCCAAAGUCACUCGGCGACCAAAAGCCAGCGAUUACCAGCGUUUGAACCUAAAGCUUUGAUUUGUAACUACAAGAACCUUGUCCUCCCUGCUGAUUUGUUUCUGAAUCAAGAAAAAUGAAGAAAAAAGCAAUGUGACCUCAGUAGGGUGUGAUGGCAAGUCUGGCAGAAGCGGUGGCCAUUGCUUUGGGUUUUGCACCUGCACUUUGGUGGUGGUGUUCUUCUGUGUUCUCCGUAUUUAUGCUGACGUGUUCCAUCCAUCCUUUCCUCCUCCACGUGUGAGCUGAGGGAGCGUGUGGAAACGCGGCUGUGACUGAAGGGACACCCCAGGCCUGGGCAAGCUACACUGCUGUCCAGUCUCCCCUGACCUUGGCUGUGUGGCUGUGUAGUAAAGUUAGCCCUUGACCAUAGCACUGCGCUCUGCACUGUUUAUGUCUGCAGCUGUAGGAGGCCGCAAGCAGAGGUGCCUGCGGUCUGCCAGGGUGUGGAAGACGGAGAAGUACUGGAGGGCAGAGGCUCCUGAGAGCGCAUGAUUCUCUGCAGAGGCUUCAGCAGCAGCCCCGAGCGGCAGGUUAAAGGUGCUUUAUUGCCUGCAAGUCUAAGCCACUUAGCAUACGUUCUUCACCUUCUUCUGAUUUCCUAUCACUGGAGACAAAGCGCAUCCACUUCCCUGUGGUAGCACUGAGCCCGAAACCAAGCCUGAGGUUUGUGUAAGCGGAGCCUCCGUUCCCAUCAGAAUUUUGACAGGUGUGGCUGUGCUUGUUGAAAUAGGAACCUUUUGGCUGGGGAUUUAGCUCAGCAGCAUAAGUACCUGCCUGACAAGCGCCAAGUUGUGAGUUCGAUCCCAGUACCAAAAAAAAAAAGAAGUAGGAACCUCUUUUAAAAGGGCAGAUUCAUACUUUAGACAAGAAAACAUAGGAAGGUUUUGGUCUGGAUUUUUUUCAAAGGGCUUUCAUGAAACAGGUUUCCCACAAACUCUAUUUAGCAUUUAUUGGCUAAAAUAAAAUGGAUUUAUAUUUAGAAACUUAACUGCACUGUCUGCCCAUUUUACCUUAAUCUCAAUGAUCCUUUCACCUAAGAUGCCAAGGAUAAUUAGUAAAAAUUCUCCUGCCAUCCCAUACCAAGGACCAUUAAAUUUAAGAAAUCCAAGGACUUUAGCUUAGCCGCAUAAGCACCUGCCUUGCAAGCAGGUGGUCAUGAGUUCGAUCCCCAUUACUGAUAAAACAUUUAAAAAAAAAAAAAAGAUGAAAGAAAUCCAGUGGGCUCCCCCGGGGUACCUUAGAAUAGUGUCUUGGAUCACACUUUGGAUGAGGUUUUAUUUCAGGCUGUUCUAGUCGUGCUGCCCUAGAAUAGGGAGGUGUAGCUCAGCUAAUCUCAGGGACCUGCCAGGAAUGUGGGAGGGGAGGUGGAGGAAGCAGUCUGAAGAAGAGCCCACCCUGAGUCUGUUGUGCACCUGACUGGCAGCAGCUUGGGGCGCGGAGCUGAAGUUGUCAUUCUUGACUGGUAGUGAACGGGCUGGGGCUAAGGGCAGGGAGCCCUGGUAGUGCUCCAUCUGCUGGUGCCGUUGUAAUGUUAUUUUCUUCCCACCCGGGGGAAUCCCUCGCAGCAUCCCCUCAGACGCUGAUGAUUUUAUUGCCCUGUCUGCCUUUCUGUCAGUGCCUGUCUACACUGGCUCUUUCCUUGUUUUAUUUUUUUCUUCCUUUCUUUUUUUUUGUCUUUUUGAGACAGGGUCUUGUUAUGCAGUUCAGGCUGGCCUUGAGCUCACUUUGUAGCCCAGGCUGAUCUUGAACUUGGAAAGAUCCUGCCUCAGCCUCCUGAGUGCUGGGAUUACAGGCGUGAGCCACCACGCCCGGCCACACUGGCUCUUUCCUUCUGGCCUCCUGCAUGCCGGGAUCUUCCCAGCUCCUACCCGUGCUGUUUGUUUUUAAUGCCACUCUUCUGCUAUUCCAGAAAUGUUGCCUCCAUUACUUUGUUUGUUUGGCACUGGGGGUUGAACCCACAACCUUGCACUUGCCAGGCAGGCACUGUGCCACUGAGCUAUGUCCCUGGCCCUGCACCCAUUACUUGCUGUUGGUUCUCUUCACGGCUUUUACGGACACACUGUGGUCCCUGUCUGCUUCCUGGGUGCUGUUUCCACGAGGUAGGCAGUUGCCAAGUGGCCAGACCCAAUGGCUCAUUCUCAGAGCAAGGUCUUACACUUGGAGUUGGGCGCUGCUGACCAUGCUUAUGGACACCCCCUUUCUUGGUGUCGCUGACUCUGACUCUGUGCUGUCUUUUCCUCUCUGGAGGGGAAGAAAUUCUCAGAGCCAGGCUUCAUUCCUUUCACUCCUCAAAAAGGCAUCCAUUCUUCAUCCUCUGAGUGACUCCUGUUUUUGUCCUUGGCCUGCUUGCCAAAGAACUGAGGCCUACAACAAGCCGGAUAGUUUGGCUAGGGUACCCUCAUGUCUCUCAAAAUUGGGUUUCUCUCUUCCUCUCAGCUGCCCACUAUUUCCAACUGCAGUCUGUCUGCCCGUCUUCCUUGCUUCCCCUUGCCACACCCCCAGCCAUUUCACUUUUCUACGGAAUAUUUUUUCAGGAAUCAUUUUAAUUGGUUCUUCCUGUCUUCUUCUGUGUCUCAUGUAAGCCAACGCUGCCUCAUGUUGGGUGUCCACCUUUGACUGUGCCAUUAUUCUUCUUUUGCAUUUCCCAGCAUUUCCCAGCUUCCUGUGGUUGUCCUUUGUUUAGGUUUUCUGCCAUCUUUUGCUGUCUCCAAAUCCCCAUUUCUUUAAGGCCACGCCCAAGUUUUCCAUUCCUUCCUGCCCCAUACCACAAGAUGGGCUCAUUCGGUUCCAUUCCAGUAGCUCUUUGCUUUGUUUUGUUUUGUUUUUGAGACACGUUCUCACUAGUCAGUUCAGGCUGGCCUUGAGCUCACUUUGUAGCCCCGGCUGAUCUCAAACUUAGAAUGAUCUUCCUGCCUCAGCCUCCCAAGUGAUGGAAUUACAAAUGUGUACUACCACACCCAGCUUCCAGUAGCUCUUAAUAAUGCCACUCACUCAUUUUGGAACUUCAGUGGAACAGGGUAGUCAGUGUCUGCUAUCUCUCAUUCUGGUCUCUCCAAGAAAUCUAAAGCUCUUGGGCAGAGGAUAUAGCUCAGCACCACAGUGCCUGCCUGGCAAGUGCGAGGUUGUGAGUUGAUCCCCAGUACCCAAAAAAAAAAAAAUGUAAGCUCUUCAGAGACAGCCCUUAGCACUGUUACAGCUGCCACAUAGUGACAUUCCUAAGGCACGUCAGUCUUCUUCCCUUGCAUGGCUCCGAUGAGGGCAAACAGCUUGCUGGCUGCUGGCUGCUGUGAUCUUAUACAUGUUGGUUUUUGCUCUUAAAGAGAAUAGAGAGAUAAGGUGGUGUCAGAAACCAGAAAGGUUGGCGAGUGUCACAGUCUACACUGAGAACUAUCACUGCUUGUGCUGAAAGUGCCCCGGAGGAAAUCUCUCACCAAAGGAAGCCUGUGUGUGCCUGAGCACGAGCUGGCUGGGCAGCUGUGGAGGAAGCACACAGAACUUCUGACUCCCUGCAGUGUGGGCAUCCUCUCCUGCCCAGCUCGGGUCAAAGGGCGGGUGUCUGCCUGCAGUCAUGGAUGUUAGUAGAGGAACUUGUUUUCUUGCUACAGAUUACUGAGUACAUGUUCAGUGUUCACUUGUGGGUUCUGGAGAGGUGAAGGCCAGCACAUCUAGAACAACUAAAACCACUUAGAAAUAAAUGACAACUAUGUAUACUGAAUUCUUCCCCAUGAUAGCUUUUCAUGAACCCGUCAGUAAUAGAAUACUACCUGCAAAAUUCCUAAUGGUUAUAUUCAUUUCCUUCACCGGGCCUUGUUUUUACAGGGUAACCUGGUGCAGACUGCUGGAUGUGAUGAAAGCUAGAGCACUUUACACACGUUCUGAACUGUCUGACCGUGGAGGAAGGUGUGCUGUACGGCAGACCUGUGCUUCCACCAGGCUGGCUCCUGAAAACCCUUGCUAGGAAGGCUGAGUUUGGCAUUGCCUUGCUUAAGGAUGCUGAAAGCAGUUUUUUGAGGUUUAAUGUUAACUGUACGCCCAGAGCCAAGGGCAACUUUCAGCUCAGCCAGAUCCACAAGUUAGAUGUGAAUUUCCUGCAUAUUCCAAUUUACAAACUUACCUGUAAAGGUUCAGGUCUGAGCUGUAUAAUAUGGAAACUGCCAACAAAGCCAGCCUCCUUACAUGCUUGAUAGAUUUAAUUCAUGAGAGAUCAUGUUAUGUGAACAUUUGAUUGUUGAAAUUGUUUCCCUUCUGUUUGCCUGAUUAAUAGAUUGCCACUGUUUAGCAAUGUUUUGUAUUUUUUCAGCUUUUUGUAACUUAAUUAACUUUAUAUUUUUUUAAACCUUGUUGUGGUCUAAUGAAAGUAUUUUUCAGUAUGUGAUGUUUUGCUGUAAAUGCCAUGUCACUGUAGUUUUGUGUUAUUGAACAGAACCAAAAUAAAUUUCAGAUAUCAGAGUA